AUGAAUUGGGACAUGGGAGGAAACGGGCGUGGAAUGGGACUGUUGGACGGCAGAAACCUUGGACCGGGAAUGGAUGGCAGGAACAUCGGACCAGGAAUGGACGGUCGAGGUCUCGGGGUCGGAAUGGAUGGGAGGAGUCUAGGGUCGACGUUGGACGGACGGGGUUUGGGACCUGGGCUGGAUGGAAGGGGUUUGGGGCAAAUGGAUACCAGAGGAAUGAGUCAAAUGGACCCUAGGAAUAUGGGACAGAUGGAUUCUAGGGGUAUAGGACAGAUGGACUCUAGGGGUAUGGUACAAUUGGACUCAAGGGGUAUGGGGCAAAUGGACUCAAGGGGUAUAGGGCAACUAGACUCACGGGGUAUGGGGCAACUAGACUCUAGGGGAAUUGGACACUUGGAUUCGCGGGGGCUAGGGCAGUUGGAUGCAAGAGGCAUGGGGCAAACUGACAAUAGGGGAAUAGGUCAAAUGGAUAGGGGCAUGGGACAGCCUUUAGACAGUAGGGGAUUGAGUCAAUCACUUGACGGGAAUAAUAUGGGGCCAACAAUGGAUGGUAGAAGUUUGGGACCUCCGAUGGAUGGAAGAGGCCUGAGUACGAAUGUUGAUGGAAGAGGUUUGGGACAGACUAUAAACGGAAGGACCGUGGAUGGAAGAAACGCGGUAUCCACGUUAGACAGUCCACAUAGGCAGGAGCUCGGCAUGGCGAGGCCGUUGCACGGCUCCUUCCAGACCCAUGACAAUAGGCAAGUGAGCCAAGAUACGUUCUCCUCCAGUAUACAAAAGGACAGUUUCCUUCAGCAGCGCCAGGACUCCUUUAGUAACUCCGCCAAGUCUGACUCCUUCUUCAGCAAUAAUGUGUGGGAGAACCAGGCGCCGGAUAAGGAUCCCCAGCGAACCGACCCCUGUGAGUAUCCACCGGCCGGCUCCGGUUCCCCAGUCGACGGUUCUUCUUCAUUUAACCCUGAUGUUAGAUUGUCACCGGGCUCCCCCUAUUCAACCUCUCCGACUUCCGAUGAUGAGAGCAGUAGAGAAAAAAGUAUUCUGUCGGAAAUUAAAAACCUCAAUGAGUCAUCUCUUAUUUCGAAUCAGACGGAAAGCGAAGAGUUAGAUAAAGCCAAAGUAAAUACCGCUCCGAGUAUUGUUGGACAAGGGGUUCUUAUGGAACCGUUUUAUGACCACAGUCCUGGAGAAGUAUACACCAUCCCUGAAGAGGAGGAAGAGAUCAGCAGCCCCACCUCCGGUGACGGAGUCACUAGUUUGCGCAAGAGACGUCUAGUCGGAGGCCAGCUGGGGGCUAGUACGGAGGAAGAGUACUCCGGUGAUGGGAUCUACUCCAGGACCUACCCUCGGCCUCAGAACCCCGCCUUGAGAUCCACCACAUCAACCCUGGGGAGCCUGGACAGCAGGGAUGGCAGAGGAGAGCUUUCCAAGGCAUUACACUCCGAUUCAAGUUUUUCAAGAUCACCAUACUCCACCAGGACAGAAGAAUCCACCGUUUCCGAUUCAACCAAAAGGAAUGGUGUGGAUCUUGACCACUUCCUUGGAAAGAAUUCUGAACUUGGGCUGAUAAUGAAACAGCAGCAAGCAGCACAGCAAGCGAAACAGCAACAACAGCUAAAACAACAACUUCAGCAACAAUUGGCCCAGGAAGCUCAACAGCAUCAACAGCAAAUGCAACAACAACAGCAGCAACAACCACAAACCCUACAACAAUCCCUCCAACAGCAACCACAGCCGAGUCAACAACAGCAGCAACAACAGAGCCAGCAGCAACAGCAGCAGCUUAAUCAACAUCAACAGUUUCAGCUACAAGAACAGCUGCAGCAACAACAUCAACUGCAAGCAACCCAGGAGCAGCAACGGAAUCAGCAACUUCAUCAACAACAAUCACUGAUGCAGCAACAUCAGCAAGACCAUUUACUACAACAAACGCAACAGCAAAAACAACAACAAAUUAACCAACAAAACUUAAACCAACAACAACAAAAUCAAAAUAUGAACCAUCAGACCAAUCAUCCACUCAGUCAUCAGCCAAAUCCUCAACAUUUACAGCAACAAACGAUAGACCAUAAAACAAAUUAUAGUAAAAGCCAGUUGGACCACAUAUCAAGUUUACAGCAAGAGAGGCAGAUAUGGGAUAGAAUAACUAACCAUUCAUACGGUUUACAAAAGGAUUACAAUCAGGAUCACCUAUACCAACAGAAACUUCAACAGGAAAGAAUGCAGGAACAAGAGUAUUCGAUCGAGCAGAAACAGUUUUUACAAAGAUCUAACGAGUUUUCAAUCAGCCCAUUACAUCGAGGGAAGCCAAAACUUCAUGAACUCCAGCGUAGGAAGUUUCGAGGGGUUCGCUUCGAGGCUCCAGGCUCCAUCCUGUCCCCCAUCCUGGACGUUUCUCCGUCCCUAGAACGCGAUGAUCACCAACACCAGGGAGAUUAUUUCGAUGAACUUGGAAGCAAGAUAAACCCCUUAAAUUUUCAAAAGAACCAACAACAAACACAACAGCAGCAGCAGCAGCAACAACAACAACAGCAGCAGGGCAACGCUGGACAAAACAAACCUGCUGCCGGUACCAUUAGUGGGAUGUUAGCUGACUUCAGCAGAGCACUUGGACUAGGAGGAAAUUCACCUUCCAGACCAUCACCAACAGAAGAGAGAUUAGACUCAGAACAUGGUCAACAGUCUUCCCAGCAAUAUGCACAAGAUUAUCAUUUCAAUAAAGAUAGGCAAACUCAGCAACAGCAGCAGCCAUUAAGAGCAGGUGAUCCGUUCUUUAACAGAACAACAUCACAACAACAAAAUGCAACACAGCUGCCACAUGCAAACCAAAUAGACUUUCAAUCAAAUCAGCAGCAAACACAAUAUGACAAUAAAACUCUUCAGCAACAACAAUAUCUAAGAACACAACAGCAUCUUCCUCUGCAAGAACAACAACUCCAACAACAACAACUGCAGGCCCAACAACAACAGCAACAACAGCAAUUCCAACAGCAACAACAGCUGUUGCAGGCCGAACAACAGCUUCAACAGCAACAUAAAAACCAGCAAGUACUUCAGCAGCAUCAACAGCAACAGCAACAACAUCUGAACAUGCUUGUGCAGCAGCAACAUCAGUUGAUCUUACAACAGCAAAGACAAAAGCAUCAGCUAGACCAACAAGAUGGCUCCUUCAACAAGCUCAAUUUGGACUUC